AUGAGCUCUGGAGGGCGCGCGUGGGGGUCUCCGGGCCAGGGCGGCGGCGGCGCUGGCGCCGUGACGGCCGCCGCGUCGCCCGUGGCCGUGAGGCUGCACGACGUGAUGGACGAGGAGCUGGCGGCCAAGCUGCAGCGCGAGGAGCAGGAGCAGUGGGAGCGCGAGAUGGAGGGCCGCUUCGGCGGCGAGGACCGCCAGACGGGCUGGUGCUUCGUGGAGGUGCCGAGCUCCAGCUCGGGCCACGGCGUCAUGAGCGUCAUCCAGCAGGAGGUGACGGUGGAGGACGCGCGGGAAGACAACGACGACCCGGACUACACCUUUGCGCUGGAGCUGCAGGCCCAGGAGGCGGAGGAGUACGACCGCAUGCGGCGACAGGAGGCCUCCUCUAUGGAGCGCAUCCGCGUCAUCCGGCAAGAGGACCCCAAGCGCGAGGAGGUCCGGCAGACGCUGCAGCGCUACUACGACAGAGAAGCGCAUCGGGAGCUGGACCAGGACGACCCGGUCGAGGUGCAUACGGUGCACCAUCACGGUCCUGGCGUCCCAGCGACACACUUGGUUGGUGUAGCUACUGCUGCUGCUGCUGCUUCUGCUGCGAAACCGACCUUGUCGGUCGACCGUCCUCAACUCCGGGACACGGGUGUCUACCACGACGUCUACAUGGACGGAUCGGGCUGGCGAGUGCCGAAGAAGCAGUUCAACGCGCUGCACUCGGCCAUGAAGCACUCGGACAGGAAGAGCCGCCACCGGGCCAAGAACGCGUCGUCGUCGAGUGGUGGCGCACCAAGCCACCGCAUCUGA